AUGGCGAUACACUACCCCUCACCGAUGCAACGGAGUUCUGACAAUGCGGUAGCAACUUCCCAUCGGCCGUCAGCGAGUUUUACGGAGGCCUUGCUGCAGGCCUUGACGGGACCACACAGCCAGGCCAAUGAAGACGAAGAUGAUGUAUUUCUACCAUCUCCAGACAACAACCCGUCGUCACAGCUGAGCCUGGGCGAAUCGCUGCCCAACAUUCACAAAGUAACGGUUUCAGUUCUUGGCGUACGUGACCCUUCUCCAUCCAACAGCAAGACAGGACCGUCACAACAGGCUUCUACUUCCUCAUCACAAGAUCUCCAGCUGGACGGUCUUGGGGCUGUGGAGAAAGAUAUCCCCGAGAACCUGCGCGCCAAGUUCAUGGACCUGAGGGUUCUGUAUGGAAAAGCCCUCGGGAAGCCAGUGAGCAAGCCGGUGCGCAAAGGGCUGACCAAGAAAACACCUUAUGUCGGGUCAUCUCGAAAAAAUCGAGGUUUUCUCGGUCCAUAUGAGUGCAAGGCUCGGCUUUACAUCACUGUGCAGUUCGAGAAGCCCGCAGCAAAGCGGGCGAGGAGGCUCUUUGCGCAGAAGCACGUCCUCGAGGACAUGGAGCCCAACUUCGAGGUCAAGGUCGUUGAUGAUGGUCUGGUACGACUCAACAACGACCUGCGCCUGGAUGGAGAUGCUCACCUCUUCCAACACCACGACACUGGCUCGUUACAAGAAUCCUUCAAGCCUGGUUUGAUCAAGGCGUUUGACGCCUCAAUCAUGCUUCCUAUGGAAUAUGACGAUGAGCCCCGUGUGUAA